CCCAGUCAACUCUAAUUUGCGGCGCUCAUCUCUCGCUCCAGUAACUCCGUUGCUACUGCUACAUACGUCGUUCGAGAAGUUCCCAUGAGCAGAGCGAAGCUUGAAGGUCAGCAAAACGUCGAGCACUUCGAGUGCCUCUGGACACACCGCGGUCCUGGUCUUGAAUCUUGAUACAUAUUCGAUCGGAUCCGUCUUGGGACGAUUCCGGCUGAUUGAAGUAGAGCGGAGCGGUCCCAUCGUCCGUUUGCGGUGACGGGAAUGAACAACGGCGAGGGAAGGCGGCUGAGCGGGCAAGCGGAGGAAGAGGACGACGAGGAUGACGUCGAUGACGGAGGCCUCGAGGCAUGGGAACGGGCCUACGCCGACGAGAGGUCCUGGGAGUCUCUUCAGGAGGACGAGUCCGGCUUGCUUCGUCCCAUCGAUAACAAGGCCCUUUACCAUGCUCAGUAUCGGAGGCGCCUUCGCUCUCUCGCUUCGAGUAAUGCAGCUGCUCGGAUUCAGAAGGGCCUGAUUCGGUAUCUCUACGUCGUCAUCGACCUCUCCAGGGCUGCCUCGGAGACCGAUUUUCGACCCAGCCGCAUGGCCGUCGUUGCAAAACAUGUAGAAGCUUUUAUCCGGGAAUUCUUUGACCAGAAUCCACUCAGUCAAAUAGGUUUAGUUACCAUAAAAGAUGGGGUUGCUAAUUGCUUGACAGAUCUUGGUGGAAGUCCUGAAUCCCAUAUUAAAGCUCUGAUGGGCAAGUUGGAGUGCUCAGGUGAUUCCUCGCUGCAGAAUGCCUUAGAUCUUGUUUGUGGAUAUCUGGAACAGAUUCCAUCAUACGGUCAUCGGGAAGUUCUGGUAUUGAAUUCAGCUCUAAGCACUUGUGACCCUGGAGAUAUUAUGGAAACCAUUCAGAAUUGCAAAAAAUCGAAAGUCAGGUGUUCCGUUAUUGGUCUCUCUGCUGAAAUUUUCAUAUGCAAACACAUCUGCCAAGAAACGGGGGGAUUGUACUCUGUUGCCAUAGAUGAGUCUCACUUUAAGGAGUUGAUCCUGGAGCAUGCACCCCCUCCUCCAGCAAUAGCAGAGUUUGCAGUUGCUAAUUUGAUCAAGAUGGGUUUCCCCCAAAGAGCUGCAGAAAAUGUAAUCUCAAUUUGUUUAUGCCAUAAAGAGGCUAGGGGUGGAGGAUACACUUGUCCAAGAUGCAAAGCAAGAGUGUGCGAACUACCUACGGAAUGCCGUAUUUGUGGGCUCACCCUUGUUUCUUCUCCGCAUUUGGCGAGGUCCUAUCAUCAUCUAUUUCCUAUUGCACCUUUUGACGAGGUUACUCCCUUACGUUUCAGUAGUUCUCAGCACAGGCUACCCAAAUCUUGCUUUGGUUGUCGACAAAGUCUUCUCAAUCCUGAUGUUAUGUUCUGUAUGUAUGCUGCUUCUUAUCAGGAAAUAGGCCCAGCCUAUCUGUUGAAUGCCCAAAAUGCAAACAGUAUUUCUGCAUUGACUGUGAUAUUUAUGUUCACGAAAGUUUGCAUAACUGCCCCGGUUGCGAGAGUUUCAGACAUUUCAAGACUGUCAGCUCCAGUGAAGAAUAGCUACGGCUGCAACCUAAAUUUUUGGUCAUCUCAGAGCCAACGUGCGGUAUUUUCCUAUGUCUAAGGAAUUAACAUGUGUUAUCUGGAAUCAUUGGCCUGUUCAAAGAAGUUGCAAAGGCCUCAGCUUUCAGAAGUAAGGCAUCAAUCAUGGAUUGAAUUAUUGAUCCUUCUUCCAGACGUGAGGUAUAUCAAAUGUUCUUGAUCUUGUGUAACUCUUGAUAUAGAGAAGAAUAAUGCGGAUGAAACAUUCACAAAUGCAGAUGAAAGGAAAUUGUUUAAUUC